AUGUCCUAUAUCCCGUCUAAUGGUGAUGGCGGCGACGAUGGCAACAUCAAGCCUAUUGACAAGUUGGUCGCUCAGUACUUCCAGCAGGUCGAACCCCACCUCCUCAACUUCCCCGAUGGCCGAACUAUGAUCAAUGCGGCCACGCAGACAGUCAUCUACGAGCGCAUGUUCAACGAGGCGGCAGUAUGGCCGAUUCCCCCCGUGAACUACCGGGCUCGUGUUCUGAAGAUCAUUCUGUCUAGACUUGAAGAGUCCAUUAGCGACCCCGAGGAGGAUGAGAUCUCAAACGAUCUCAUGGAAUGCUGGAGCGAGCUCGUGGCCCAACCCAAACCCUCCGCCAUCCAACAAGCCCAGCAACUAGCUUACAUUAAAUACACAGCCCCCAGCGAUCCAGCCAGCACGCACAGGAGCACUCGCACUGUUAUCACCUCCGAAUCACGCGGUCUGAUCCUCUCCGGAGGCACCACAGGCUUCCGCACCUGGGAGGCAGCACUGCAUCUCGGGUCUUUUCUGGCCACGCCCACCGGCGCGGCUCUUGUGCGCGGAAAACGCGUCAUCGAGCUCGGCGCCGGCACGGGCUUCCUGUCCAUUUUCUGUGCUAGGCAUCUGGACGUCCAGGACGUCGUGGUCACGGACCGUGAGCAGGCUCUCAUCGAUCAUAUCCGCGAUUGUAUGGUGCGGAACCAACUCGAUGGCAAGGCCUUUCACCCUGCGAUUUGGGAAUGGGGCACGCCGUUGACGUAUCACGAUGAUGAUAAUGAUGCAGCCGCGCAGGCGACUGAGGUGCCAGAGCAGAGUGGGAUGGUCUUCGAUGUUGCACUCGGUGCUGAUCUGAUUUACGACGUCGACCUCGUCCCGCUCCUGGUCUCUACCAUCCGUGAUCUCUUCGACAACUACCACCUCCAAGAAUUCAUCAUCUCCGCAACCCUCCGCAACAAAGACACCUUCCAAACAUUCCUCAACGCUUGUGAAUCGAGCAAUUUCAACGUGGAAUGUAUGCCGUAUGAGUCUCCUGCUGCAGAGUCGCAGACGGGCUUCUUUCACUCGACUAGUAUCCCUGUGCGCACAUAUCGGAUAACACGGCGUGUAGUGUGA